AUGGCAACGGGCGCGGGGCCGGCGGCGCUUACGGCAGAAGCGGCCGGGCCGGGCCAGGGCGCGGCAGCCGCGGGUUCCGCGUCCCCCGCGCCCCCCGCCGCCCUCAUCGGCCUCCCGCCGCCCUUCGGCGAGCAAGACGAGGAUGACGUGCACAAGUGCGGGCGCUGCCAGUCGGAGUUCAGCUCGCUGCAGGAGUUCGUGCAGCACAAGCUGCAGAAGGGCUGCCAGCGCCCUCCCGACGCGCUCGCCGGACUCCUCGGCCAGGAGGGACAAAAGGUGGUUCCUGCUGUCGAGGAGUCCAUAACUGUUGCUCACAUCGUUGUUGAAGCAUCUUCCAUAGCAGAGGAGAUCAGUAACGCCUCGGCCAUCGUAGGCAGUGGGCACAUCAAAGAGGUCAUUGUAGCAGGAGACCAUGUGUUUGAGAACCCGAAUGGCCACGUGGAUGGGGAGGUCAGUGAGGAGCAGGGCAGCCCCGAGGAGCAGGAGCAGGACAUUUCCACUGAGCUGAUCAAGGUCAAGCUGCAGGUGAACAAGGAAGGGCGAUACGUGUGUGAGCUGUGCCAGAAGACAUUUAAAACUGCCAGCAUCCUCAAAGCUCACAUGAUCACUCACAGCAGCAGGAAGGACUAUGAGUGUAAACUCUGUGGGACUUCCUUUAGGACAAAGGGGUCUCUGAUCCGACACCAUCGGCGGCACACGGAUGAAAGACCUUACAAAUGCAAGAAAUGUGGGAAAAGCUUCCGGGAAUCGGGAGCUUUGACUCGGCACCUUAAAUCUCUGACACCUUGCACUGAAAAAAUCCGCUUCAACAUGACCAAAGAAAUAGUUGUCAACAAAGAUGAUCUGCCAUCAGGAUCCUGCAGCUCCAACACAGACACAGUGUCCUCGAUAGCGAGCGAAUCCAUCGAGGGCUCCCCUGUCAUCCACCUCGUGACAGAUGCAAAAGGCAACGUGCUCCAUGAAGUCCAUGUCCAGAUGCAGGAACUUCCCGUGGUGGAUGCUAAACCCCUGGAGCCAGAUCAGCCGCAUCCUGAGGAGCUGCCCUGUGAGGGGGAAGUGAACAGUGAGAACCUGCUGAGGCAGGCCAUGAGGAAUUCGGGAAUUGUCAUUGAGAGAGUGGCUGUGGAGGAGGUGCAGAAGCCGGAUGAACCUGCGGCAGCUGCUCCAGAAGAGCUGGAAAACAAAGGGGUGGAAGUAGAAGAGGAGCCAUGUGGGGAGCAGUGUGCUAAACUGGAAGGAGCAGAGUCUCAGACACCUGCAGAAAGGACCAACGGGUACAAACGUUAUGUUUGCUUUCACUGUAAUGAAGCCUUCAAUGAAGCUGCUGCCCUGGAAACUCACAGCAAGGGGCACACAGAGUACAAACCCUUCAAGUGUGAGGAGUGUGGCAAGGAGUUCACCAAGGGCUACCUGCUGAAGAAGCACCAGGAGGUGCACGUGAACGAGCGGCGGUUCCGCUGCGGGGAGUGUGGGAAGCUCUACAAGACCAUAGCCCACGUCAAGGGGCACCGGCGCGUGCACUCGGACGAGCGGCCCUACGCCUGCCCCAAGUGCGGCAAGCGCUACAAGACAAAGAACGCCCAGCAGGUGCAUUUCCGUACCCACCUGGAGGACAAGCCCUACGUGUGCCAGUUCUGCAGCCGGGGUUUCCGGGAGAAGGGCUCCCUGGUGCGCCACAUCCGCCACCACACCGGAGAGAAGCCCUUCAAGUGCUACAAGUGCGGGCGCGGCUUCGCCGAGCACGGCACCCUCAACAGGCACCUCAAAACCAAAGGUGGCUGCCUCCUUGCUAUGAAAGAGGUGGAAGAAGUGGUAGUGUCAGAGGAGAGUCAGUCUGCUGACAACUUGGCAGCCACGGUCCUUUCGGAAGAUCCACACACGGUUCUGGUGGAGUUCUCCUCGGUGGUGGCAGACACCCAGGAGUACAUCAUCGAGACUUCUACUGAGGACAUGGAGACCAGCGAGGCUACUGAAAUAAUAGAGGGAACAAGGCAUGAGGUCGACAGCCACAUCAUGAAGGUGGUGCAGCAGAUCGUGAACCAGGCCAACUCCGGCCACCAGAUCAUCGUGCAGAACGUCACCGUGGCCGAGGGCGCCGCGGCCGCCGACGCCGGCGACACCAUCACCAUCGCCACGCCCGAGAGCCUCACCGAGCAGGUGGCCAUGACCCUGGCCUCGGCCAUCGGAGACGGAGCCGUGCUGGCCACCGAGGGCGGGCUGGCCGCGCAGGAGGCCACCGUCACCAUGGUGGCGUCCGAGGACAUCGAGAUCAUGGAGCACGCGGGGGAGUUCGUGAUCGCCGCCUCGCAGGAGGGCGAGGUGGAGGUGCAGACCGUGAUCGUGUGAGGGAGGGGCAGCUGCAAACGGCCCGGCUGCUCCAGGCUGACCUGGCCACUGGGGCUGCUCAGAGAGCGAUGGGGAAUGUUCUGGAGGGAGGUGGCUUCAUGGGACAGGGCAGACCCAGAACGGGGCAGGGCAGACCCAGAACAGAACAGGUCAGACCCAAAAUAGGACAGGUCAGACCCAAAAUGGGACAGGGCAGACCCAAAAUGGGACAGGUCAGACCCAGAACGGGACAAGGCAGACCCAGAACGGGGCAGGGCAGACCCAGAACAGAACAGGUCAGACCCAAAAUAGGACAGGUCAGACCCAAAAUGGGACAGGGCAGACCCAAAAUGGGACAAGGCAGACCCAGAACGGGACAGGUCAGACCCAAAAUGGGACAGGGCAGACCCAGAACGGGACAGGUCAGACCCAGAAUGGGGCAGGGCAGGCCUGAGGUGUUCUCAGUCUAAAACCAGUAUCAUGAGUUAAACCCUGGGCCUGGUCACGCUGAGGAGACUGACAGGUCACAAGUGACAUUCAGUAUUCUGUACAGCAGCCUCAAAUUAAGGAAGAUCCUUUGGGAAUCGGCUCUCUCUGCCCAUGGGACAGCAGUGGUCUGGUUUUUAAAAGGAUUCAGAAAGUGUAGCAAAUAUAUGGGGUCUCACAAGGAAUUAUUUCAAUAUAUGCAUUUAAAACAAGUUGAGAAAACCAAACCUAAGGAGUUGUGGUGUCUGUUGAGCACCACUGAAACACUCUCAUGCCUUUAACCUCACUCCUUCAGGCCUCCCAAGGCAUGGUACCGCAGUAUUUCUCUUUUCUUUGAUAUCCUGGACAAGUAGCCUUAUGUACUGGUCUAUGAAUGCAUCAUUGUACCCUGCAAUGCCAGCCAGGCUGCUCUGAGAGCCAGCCUGGGGGCUGGAAAGCCAUAUUGUAUAGGAAUUUGGUUUUUUUAAACCAUAUGUGGAUUUUUAAUUGCAUAUUGUACAGAUUCAGCAUGUAAAUAAAUACAUUUUUAAAAAUAAAA